AUGGCAACAACAACCCUGACUGGUUUCUCAGUGAUGAGCCUGCUGAGCCUUGGCUACCUGAGCUGGGAUCUGAUGAGCCCCAAUCAGGUGGAAAACGAGCCUGACCAAACUUUCAAUGACAGGUCUCCUGUCCAGCAACCUCCUCAUAUAAUCUUUAUCAUGACAGAUGACCAGGGCUUCAACGACAUUGGCUAUCACAGCUCUGACAUUAGGACACCUGUACUGGAUAAACUGGCUGCAGAUGGUGUGAAGCUGGAGAAUUAUUAUGUUCAGCCCAUCUGUACACCGUCCCGAAGUCAACUCAUCACCGGCAGGUAUCAAAUUCAUACUGGCCUUCAGCACUCCAUCAUCCGCCCACGCCAACCCAACUGCCUGCCCUUUGACCAGGUCACCCUCCCUCAGAGACUUCAGCAGCUCGGCUACUCAACCCACAUGGUUGGCAAGUGGCACCUGGGCUUCUACAAGAAGGAGUGCUUGCCCACUAGACGAGGCUUUGACACAUAUUUGGGCUCUCUGACAGGCAGCAUGAACUAUUACACAUAUGAGUCCUGUGAUGGCCCUGAACUUUGUGGUUUUGAUCUCCAUGAGGGUGAAUUGGUUGCCUGGAGACACAGGGGUAAAUACUCCACACAUCUGUACACUCAGAGAGUUCGCAAGAUCCUAGCGGCCCAUGAUCCUUUGUCCCAGCCACUCUUCAUCUUCCUGUCCUUUCAAGCUGUUCACACACCUUUGCAGUGUCCCCAGGAGUACAUCCACCCGUAUAAGGAGCUGGAGAAUGUUGCACGUAGGAAGUAUGCCGCAAUGGUCUCCAUUGUAGAUGAAGCUGUUCGCAACAUAACGUAUGCUCUCCGCAAGUAUGGAUUCUAUCAAAACAGCGUCCUAAUUUUCUCCACUGAUAAUGGUGGCCAGCCUUUGUCUGGAGGCAGCAAUUGGCCACUUCGAGGACGUAAAGGUACUUACUGGGAGGGUGGUGUCCGAGGUUUAGGGUUUGUCCAUAGCCCUCUCUUGAGGAGGAAAAGGAGGGUUAGUAAAGCACUGGUACACAUUACUGACUGGUAUCCCACAUUGGUUGGGUUGGCAGGUGGCAAUGAGUCCCUGACUGAGGGAGUUGAUGGGUACAAUGUCUGGGAGGCCAUCAGUGAAGGAAAAGAGUCACCCAGAUUUGAGAUACUCCACAAUAUCGACCCUUUGUACAACUAUGCACGCACUGGAUCCCUGCAGAAAGGAUUUGGGAUUUGGAAUACCGCAAUUCAGGCCUCCAUACGAACAGGAGACUGGAAACUUCUGACCGGAGAUCCUGGUUAUGGAGAUUGGAUCCCACCUCCUAUUCUUCCAGGUUUUCCUAGGGAAUAUUGGAACCUGGAGAGACACAUUAAACCUCGUAAAUCUGUGUGGCUCUUUAAUGUUUCCGGAGAUCCCUAUGAACGUUUUGACCUGUCUGAACAGAGGCCAGAUGUUGUGAAGGAGCUCUUAGCCAGACUGGUGUACUACAACAGGACGGCAGUACCUGUAAGGUAUCCCUCAGAGGACCCACAGGCAGAUCCCCAACUAAAUGGGGGAGCCUGGGGUCCCUGGAUGGGAGAUGAAGAGGAGGAGAACUUAGAUACUGUUUACAAGAAAGAAAACAUGGAAUGGAAAAGAAAGUUUAAGACGUUCAAAAGUAGGUCAUUUUUUAGAAGACUCAACACAAGGAUGAUGUCCAACAAAAUAUAG